AUGACGCACUACAGCCCUCAAUGUCUUUUUGUUGCCGCCUCGAUAUCCCUGCUAUGUACAACCGGCCCCCGCGCUGAGGCGGCCCCCCUUGCAUUCAAAACAGAAGUCGAAGCCGAUUCCCCAUUGGCCUACUGGCGGUUGGGCGAACUUCCCCCUACCUCCACGGCCGCCGACGCUACUGGAAACGGCUUUGACGGAACGUACUCCGCGUCGGGGCUAACUCUGGAGCAACCCGGGGUACUCGGCGGCGACACGGCUGUGCAAUUCGACGGAACCGGCCCCGGCUCGGUAACGGUCCCGCACAGUGCCGGCCUCAACGUAACGCAAGUCACGAUGGAAAGUGUCAUCCGCUGGGACGGCGGCAACGGUACCCAACAGCGGAUCAUCGAGAAAUCGACCGAGCCCGGCUCAACCCGCCCCGUCUUCAGCCUGCAGGUUUUCGAUAACUCACACGUCAGGGUCGAACUCGGCUUUCUCGAUAUCGAGAACGAAGUGAUCGAACUCGACAGCCUGGGCACCAUCACGGUUGGCGCCCCCACUCAUUUGGCCGCCACGUUUGAUGGGUCGGAAAUCAAGCUCUACAUCAACGGUCUGCUGGACAACAGCGGGGCAUUCUCGGGCUCGAUCCGCACCGACACCGAUCGUCCCCUGGGGAUCGGCAACCAGGCCGAACGCGAGCGUCCCUUCAACGGCCUCAUCGACGAGGUGGUGUUAUACGACUAUGCGUUAAGCCCUGAACGAGUGGCGGCCCACUGGCAAGCCGUGCCCGAGCCCUCGACCGCGUUGCUGCUCGCUCUGGCAGUUCCGUCGUUCGCCCUGGCCGCAUUGCGAAAGCGAAACCGGAAGACUUCGGUGGUUCUGGCAGACGGGCCUCCUCCCAGGGAGAGCCCUGCCGCACCAGCCAAAUUUGGCGGCGGGAACUCAAUCAUCGUGAAACGAGACGCCCCGAUCUCCGGUACGGCAACCAGAAGCGGACUGGCCAAAUGGCACGUGAUAGUGUGCCUCGUCGCUCUGAUUGUCUUUGGCCUGCUAUUCUUUUCUUACCGUCACGAGAGCGGAACAACGCCACAAGCAGAUGGUACGCCACCGGUCACGCAGGCCAGAACCGUGGAGUUGCCUGCUUUCGACAGGGAUAGCUUCGUCGAGCCAAGUGAAAGCCCGACCAACGUCUUGGUCGAUCAGGCUUUCGAAAAUGUACCAGAGGACAACCCGGAGUCGGACGGGUGGACCACCGAGGUCUUGCACGCCUCUGUGAAACAGCAGCUGAAGGACUUCGGAAAGCUGCUUGAAGACCCGGCGAAGCUCGAUCUGGAGCAUCUACAGCCAUUCACGACUGAACUAGUUGCAGCCAGUUCGUUGAGGCCAGAACAGGUAACGACCGUCUAUGACGACCCUCGGGCUACCGUAAUUCGGUGGAACAAACCCUCGGCAACGCCAGAAGUGCAAGAAGGCCGAGACGCAUUGUUGCGGAACCUGCAAAGCUUCGCAUCGCUUUCCGAUGAGUACGACAAGGCUCGAGUAGAGUUCAAAGUUUUUCGCAUCGAAGCGGAGAACGUGCCAACGGUCACGGCGUUUGUCGAGUGGUCGUGUCACGGCGAAGCGUCCUCGCUGCAGCGAAACGCCACCUGGAAGUUUAACUGGAAGUUGCCUGAGAAGGGUUCGCCGCUCAUCGCAGGCAUUGAACUGGUUGACUACGAGGAAGUGUCUUGCCGCACAGAGGACGGUGUGUGGUUCAGCGACUGCACGGAAGCGGUUUUAGGGAACACCGAAUCGUUCACGCGCCAGUUAAUUCGUGGCGAACCAUUCUGGAAUGACCGCAUUCAAUCGUCGGUACACGCUACCUUCCUAGGCAUCCACGGGGGAUUGGCCCUUGGAGAUGUCAACGGCGACGGGCUAGACGAUGUUUACGUCUGCCAACCCGGGGGUUUGCCGAACCGCUUAUACCUCCAUCAGCCCGACGGGACCUUGAAAGACAUCUCGCGUUCAGCGCAAGUCGAUUGGAUCGACUACACCAGCAGUGCCCUCUUUCUAGAUUUCGACAACGAUGGCGAUCAAGAUCUGGCCGUGCUCACACUUCACGGCGUUGUCCUAAUGGAGAACGACGGUGCGGCCCGGUUCGUGGGACGCAGCACGAUCACGUCGCCCAACAAACCCACAUCACUUUCCGCCAGCGACUUUGAUCUCGACGGCGACCUGGAUCUUUACAUUGCUUGCUAUGGUCCCGAUUCGCUUAACUCCGCUGGCGAUGAACAUCGCAAGCCAUCCGAGUUCAUGUCUCCCGUGCCUUAUGACGACGCCAACAAUGGCUCGCCAAACUCGCUUUACCGCAACGAUGGCAACUUGGUUUUCACAGACGUCACCCAAGAGAUCGGUCUUGAUGCCAACAAUCGACGUUGGAGUUUUGCAGCCAGUUGGGAAGACUUCGACAACGAUGGCGACUCCGACUUGUAUGUGGCCAACGACUUCGGCCGGAACUGCCUCUAUCGCAACGAUGGCGGGACAUUCAAAGAAAUCGCUGCGGAAGCAGACGUCGAAGAUAUCGCAUCGGGCAUGUCAGUCUCCUGGGGCGACUACAAUAACGAUGGGCUGAUGGAUCUGUAUGUGGGCAACAUGUUCUCCGCGGCCGGCGGUCGCAUCACCUACCAACGAUCGUUCAAGUCUGGGGUAUCGGAGAAUCGCGUCGCAAAGUUUCAACGGAUGGCCCGUGGAAACUCGCUCUUCGAAAACCAGGGCGACGGAACCUUUCAAGAUGUCAGCGAGCAGGCGGCCGUGACCAUGGGCCGAUGGGCCUGGAGUUCCCGAUUCGGCGACGUCAACAACGAUGGCAAGGAAGACAUUCUGGUCGUGUCGCAGUCACCCCUAGAGUAUGGCGAGCAAGGUCAAGACGAGUACAUCAAUGCCUGGCGGGCACUUUAUGCCCAGGUCGAAGCAGGAUCUUCUUGGAGCGGGCGAGAACGAAACCGCUGCUUUCUGAACGUCGGAGCUGGCCGCUUUGCUAACACCUCGUCAGUUAGCGGAAUUGAUUUCGCAGAUGACGCCCGCGGCCUGGCUCUGGUCGACUGGGACCUGGAUGGCGAUUUAGAUCUCUGGUUUGCCAACCGAUCGGGCCCCACCCUGCGGUUCUUGUCCAAUAACGGUUCGCCGAAAAACAACUGGCUGCAGUUGAAGCUGGUGGGAACUAAAGAUAACCGAGACGCGAUUGGCGCUCGUGUCGAGGUCCAUACGAGCGGUAACGACCAGCAACGAAUCGUGAGAACCCUACGGGCCGAAGACGGGUUCCGAACGCAACCGACUAAAUGGGUUCACGUGGGGCUGGGGAAUGGCAAUAAGAUCGAGCGACUAACCGUUCGUUGGCCCAACGGGAAGACGGAAAAAUUCGAGGGGCUGAGCGCGAAUCAGCGGUUCAUCUUAGAGCAAGGCACCGCCGCGGCACGCCCGUUAGAUUCGGAGUUUCGGCAAAUUGCACUCGCCCCAGGGUCGGUGGCAACGCCCGAUCCCACCGAACAGGCUCGCAUCAUUCUGGCCUCCCGGGUGUUGAUGCCCGAGUUGCAAUACGCAUCGGAGGAUGGCAGUUCCUUCGAACUAGCGGCCACUGGCGAUGGGCCACUUCUCGUCACCCUUUGGGCCAGUUGGUGUCCGGUUUGCAGGAAAGAACUGCGUGGCUUUGCGAAAGAAGAAGCGAAACUCCGAGAGUUGGGCAUCAACGUUCUUGUCUUGAACGUCGAUCACUUGAGCGAUGCAGGCAUGUCCGAAGCAAACGAUGCUGAGGACGCUUUGGAAUCGAUUGGGUUUCCCUUCGAUUCGGCUUUGGCUACCGACGAACUCUUCUCGAAAUUGACCUUGCUAGCCCAACAUAUCGUUCCACGUCGCCAGCCUUUGCCUGCCCCGUGCAGUUUCUUGAUCGAUCCCCAAGGUUGGCUCGUUGCCAUUUACAAAGGCCCCAUCGGCCUCGAACAGUUGGGCCACGAUGCCUCAAUGUCCUUGCUCGACCGCCGGCAAGUGCGAGAUCUAGGCGUACCCUUCCGUGGACAGUGGUUGUUUCCCCGCACUUACGCCAAUCUCUCCGGGCUGGCGAAAUCAUUUCGAGAACAAGGCUACGAAACUGACUAUUUCCGAUUCCGGCAGGCUGAAAUUGACAUGUUCGCCGAAGUGCCGAAUCAAGCUGAGCAGCAGCGGGCCGCGGAACUUGCUCGUAAUUUGGCGAUUGACUACAACGAGCGAUCGAAUGAGCUUGCCAAAGAAGGAAAGCUUGGCGAGGCCAUCGCCGCACUUCAAGAAGCCAUUCGCCUCUAUCCCAAUUUCGCGGAAGGCUACAACAACCUGGGCACGAUGCUCUCCGCUCAGGGACGUUUGGAUGAGGCGGUUCCAUUCUUUCAGAAAGCACUUGAGAUUCGCCCAGAUUUUGUCGAUGUGGCCCUGCGUUUUACAGAAUGGGCGCGACCCUCAGUGCGUAGCCUGCCACUCCCAGAGGAGAUGGCCGGCAUACUUCGACCCGACGCGACGUUGUUCUGGUCGCUUGAACCCUCGGUGAGUCACGAUUACCUGGGGCAAAUCUCUGGCUACUACACCAGUAGUGAUGGCAUCCGCUACCACGAACUUCCGUUCGAAAAGCAGCACGAUGAGUUCCGCAUUCUGUCCUUGGGUGAAAGUACCACAUUCGGCUUUGGCGUGGUGAACGACGACACCUAUAGCGCUCAGCUCGAACAAAUCCUGAACAUCAACGACACCGACGUGGAGUAUCAGGUGAUCAAUGCGGGGGUGCCCGCCUGGAGUUCAUUCCAAAGCCUGAUGUACCUCAAAGAACGCGGCAUCGAGUUCCAGCCCGACGUCGUGCUGUUCUACCACGAAUUGAAUGACUACCUUCCUUCCAGCUGGCGAAGCUCGGAGAACACCGAGCAAUUGGGGCUCAGUAAGUCCGAUCGGGAGUUGUACGAAUCUCUUUCCGGAAAAGUCAGCCGAUUCCUGCUGGCUCACUCUGCUAUCUACCGAUUUCUUCAGUACCGAAUCGAAAGUUAUCGCCUGUCGCAAAUCACGGCUCAGCAACAAACCGACUCUGAAAAGGAGGCGGCCGAUCACUGGCGGUUGCAGGUCGAUGAAAUCGGACUCCCCAGCCGACUAGCCCCCGCGGAGGAAGGGGAGGUCGUCGAUCUAGACGAACGGCAAUUACCGCGUCGUGUAAGCCCCGAGGAACGGGAACAAACGCUGGCUGAGUUGGCUGACUACUGCGAUCAGCAGGGAAUCAAGUUGGUUAUGAUUCACCCCUCCUACCGCUUCACCCAGCCGCACGAAUGCUUGCUGACCGACUUCUGCAAAGAGCGUGGGAUACUCAUGUUCGAUGCCCACGAGAGCCUGCACCUGCCGGAGCUGACGUCCGAGGAACAGUUUCAGGACGACAUGCAUCCCACACCACGCACACACAGACAGCUUGCAGAAGACCUAUACAAGUUUCUUUUGGAGAAUGAGAUACUCCCCAAUUCAACUCAAAGCGCCGGCAAGGAAAAUCCAACCGGAGAUUAA